AGAAUUGAUGCCAAGAACUCUUGAUGGGCAGAUCACUAUGGAGAAAACUCCCAGCUACUUUGUCACCAAGGAGGCGCCGGCUCGUAUCUCCGCCAUGUCGAAGGACACCAAGCUCAUUGUGGUGGUGAGAGACCCAGUCACCAGAGCCAUUUCGGACUACACCCAAACUCUGUCCAAGAAGCCAGACAUCCCCACCUUUGAGAGCCUGACCUUCAAAAACAGGACUACGGGCCUAAUCGAUACCUCCUGGAGUGCCAUCCAGAUUGGCAUCUACGCCAAGCACCUGGAGAACUGGCUCCUCUAUUUCCCCAUUGGGCAGAUCCUCUUUGUCAGCGGAGAGAGGCUCAUCAGCGAUCCCGCCGGGGAGCUGGGCCGAGUCCAGGACUUUCUGGGACUCAAGCGGAUCAUCACCGACAAACAUUUCUACUUCAACAAGACCAAGGGCUUCCCGUGCCUGAAGAAGGCGGAAGGGAGCAGCAAGCCCCACUGCCUGGGCAAAACAAAAGGGCGGACCCACCCCAGUAUAGACCAGAAGGUGGUGCAGCGGCUGCGCGAGUUCUACAGGCCCUUCAACAUGAAGUUCUACCAGAUGACUGGGCAUGACUUUGGCUGGGAUUGAUGGUUGAUAUGGAAGCACUUGCCAGAGUUAACCCAGCCAUUCAGCUUACUUCUCCCUAUAUCUGUAGAUAGGUCUAUAUGUAAAAUGUACAGAAAUCUAUUUUAUAAUAAUUUAUUUUUAAUUCCUAAGCAAUUAAUUCACUAAGCUGCCUAACCACACUGUAGCCCAUAGCUGUAUUUUUAUUUUUAAAACAUUCCACAGUGUUGAUUAUUGCUAUACUCAUACUGUUUUGUUUCCUGGUUCAGUUUGUGCUGGAAAGUGCUUCCGGGUAAUUUCUCAAAUGAAUUUUUUUUUAAUCAUAAAGGAGGAAAAAGGCAGGUGAAUAUGGAAUAAUGAGAAAAGCACAAUAUAUAUAUAUAUAUUUCCUUUCCAAUACGGGUACUAGACAUGUUGAAACGCUUCUGUGCAGGGCCCUUCCAGUAGCAUCUUCUGUCUCUUCUUAGGCCAAAUCCACUUGCAAUUGAGUUCUUUGUUGCAAAGGGCUUUGUGGAACUCAAGCCUUGAGGCCUAGCUGAAACAGCUGCCUUUACCGGUGGGUCUGGCACACACUGCAGAAGAGACGCCAUUCUCCAGCCAUAUCGCUGCUGCCACAGCCACCAAUGCCUGUUUGCAGAGAUGUCUGCUUUCCUGUACUGAGCUCUCUCUUCCUGUUGAGCAGGGACCCACCUGUAGCCUUCUAGGUGGUUUCGGGCAGCCACUCCUUCAACUCUUGCCAUACCAUACAAUGACGAGGGAUGAUGGAAGUUGUCGCUGAACAACAUCCGGAAAGCUGUACGUUGCCAUCCCUGUUACAGAGUCUUUGCUACAGUAUGUGGGUUUAUUGCCUGAAUGUCUAUGAUUUCCUCUUAUCUCUUCUCCUUUUAAAGCGGAUUUCCUGGGCUGAGAACUAUGCAUAUUUUAUCCAGCUUUAACUAUUUCCUGCUGAAAAAAAUGUGAAGAGAUUAAUUGGGACAGUUAUAAUGACACACACAUUUAGCUCUCAUCGUUUUGAGCUUGAUUUUCAGAUUACGCUCUUGGGAGAAAACAGUGCAGUCUGAAUUUGUGUAGUGAACCCUUCUGCUCCCUGCAACUCCCACGAUCACGGAUAACCACUCACGCACAGGGCACCUUGCCACAUGGAGCAUCCUUUUGUCUCAAAUUUAAAGCCCUCAAGCACUGUGUUCUGAACUGGCUAUUGGUGCAGAGAUGAGAGGAGUUUACUCAUCGCAUGGUACAGAUCAGGUGUGUUUAUAUAUAUUUUGUGUGUAAAUCCCCUUGAUGGGACCCCCUGCAAUGUCCAGAUAUUGUUGCCUGUCUGAACCUCACCAAGGAAUUCCACAGACCCUCCAGAAGAUGACCAAGCACUGUCCUAGAGCGCAUGGAAUGCAACAUUGCCUCGAAGUCUGGCAUGCCAAACUGGACAACCUCAGGUGCAUUGUCCCCAAUGGAGAUACUUCCAUAUCUUGUUAAUCCUGGGGGAGCUGCAGCAGCACAGUUCCCAUGCCAUUAUGCAUCAAAACUUCGGACGCCAUCUGUAAAAGAGGCAUGGCAAGUGAAAACAUGCAUGUGUAUCAAUAGGUGUGUGUACACACACACACACAUGCAUUUACAGAAUCAGCCCCAAAGGUUGUAGGCUUUCCUGUAACUAUCAGCCUCUGCUUCAACCAUCCUUGGGAUGAUUGCCAGAUCAGUUCCCUGUAAAACAAGGCUCUGAGCAAAGAGCAGUUUGAACCACACUUUCUCCAACAGACUCAUGUGCAACAUGUGAAAUUAAGCCUCUUUUCUUUCUUAUCCCCACCCCCCACCCCCUUUGACACUCUGACCUACUUAUUUAAUGACCGUGUUGCUUUCUGGCUUUAUCAAACCAUGCCACGUCCUUGAGAAGGGUGUGUUGAUUUUCCAUUUCAGCCUUUUUGUUUUAAUGCCCUCCCCACCAACUUCUGCCCCGCUCAGAAUUCCCGAGAAGCUUAAUUGCUUGUUGGACUGCAGAAUUUGGUGCUGGGACGUGUGCAUUUGCUCUGCACAGGUUUCGUUUCUGAUGCCUUCCUCAGCUGCACAAAUCAGGACUGCGAAAUAGUUCCUGUAUCUACAGACCCUGUGAUAAGACGGUUGAGUUCAAUGAUGCUCUUAAUUCAGUGUUAAACAUUUUAAGCGAACUCUGCCUCAGCAGCCCCAUACAGUGGAAAUGUUGGGAAACUGGUUAAUUUAAAAGGCCUUACCUAAACAUAAUGAUAGCCAUGAUGAGUACCAUGUCCUUUGGCACUGGGACUGCUAACCCUAAGCCUCAGUGCAAUGUUAUCACUGUUUUUGUUUGAUUUACAAGAAGGUACACAAUCAGAACUCAAUAGUGUGGUUAGAUUUUUUUUUUCAUAUCGUUCGUAACAUUAAUUUAUGGCUGAGUUCCAUUCAGCAGUGCAGUAUGUCCAGAUAUUAGCAAUAUUUUUUUGUGGUACACCUUAGAAUAGUAUACAUGUAAAGGAAAACAAAUGGCAAGCAAAAACUGUAAAUUAAGUAUUUUGUGGUAUGUACAACACAAAUUAAUUUUACACAGAGGUUUCUAGGAAAAAUGGGAUUCUGAUACAUACUAUUUCUUUGAAGAAAUAAAAUAUA